AUGACCGCCAUGCAAGAACAGAUCGCCCUCCUCUCCUCCGCCGUUUACUCCCUAACCAACGCCACCGGCAUCCCCCGCCCCGACACCACCACACAAACCCAACCACAACCCCAAACAUGGACCCGCCGCCUCUCUUCCGCCAAAGAAGCACUUACCUUCCAAGGCCCCACGACCUCAGCGUUUAGCUUCGACCUCGCAAAAUCCAGUCUCCAGCAGCGCGGGAUUGUCGGUGUCGUCGACGGCGACGACGAAGAUGCAGACGGUGAUCUGACACAGGAACCCUCGCCGAUGCCCUCGCCGCCUUCGCCGACACGAGACUCGGUUGAUCCGUUGUGGACGAUUGGGAAGAGUGAGGCGUUGAGGCUUUGUAGGGUUUAUGAAGAGGAGAUGGGGAUUAUGUAUCCUGUUUUGGAGGUGGAGGAGUUGUUGGGGCAGGUAAAUGUUUUGUAUGGCGACGGGGGAUUGGAGGGGGGUGGUUUGGAGGAGGAGGAUGUGCAUGUUUUGAGGAUUGUGCUUGCUUGUGCGCUGGCUGCUGAAGCGAGUGGGGGGAGUGAGUUGGCUGUGAGAUUGUUUGAGAGUGUGCGCGUUGUCGCGGAUGAUUGUGUCUGGGGAGCGCCUGAUAUUAACCGCAUCAUCUUCUUGACAUUGGUGUCAAUUUUCUACUUCCAAAUGGACGAAGAAACCCUCGCCUGGCGCACAAUCGGCAUCGUCGAACGCAUGUGUCUUGAAACCGGCCUCCACCGCCGCGAAACCCUAGACCAGCCCUCCCUCGUCGCCUCUGCAGGCAGCAAAGACCGUCUCUCCCGCCUCUUCUGGUCCGUCUACAUCCUCGAUCUCCGCUGGAGCUUCGGCACGGGAAUGCCCUUCUCCCUCGAAGAAAGCGAUAUCGAUCCCUGGCUGCCGGAGCCCGAGGAAAAGAAUUUCCCGUAUCUGCGGGUUAUGAUCCGGUAUAGUCGCAUUGCAGCGAAGGUGUGGAAGUUAAUCGCGGCCUUUAAUAAUACAGAUGAGAUUAAGAAGGAUGAGAUGAAUUAUUUGGAUUGGCAGGUGCUACGGUGGGCGGAGACGAUGCCGGAAUGUCUGCGGUUGAAUGGGCACCAAGAUGAACCCCGAAGUCUGCGAAGACUGCGCUCGGUGUUGUAUCUUCGUGCAAACCAGCUGCGCAUGCUUAUCCACCGUCCUGUUCUACACACCGCAGCGCAUAUCCGCCGUUAUCCUGCCGAGUCUGCGACGGUGGUUGAUCUGGCUAAAGACACUAUCCGCUUCAUCGCGCGCCUCCACGAGACAUCCGACAUUUACAGCCGACAACAAGUUACUUUCAACUGGUUUUUGGUAUCCGCGCUAGCAGUUCUGUUUCUGGCCGCCGCGCAAGCCCCGGGACAGUUCAAUCGCGGAUGCAAAGAGGAGUUCUAUAUGGCACUGGAGCUGGUGAAGGGGUUCUCGACGCAGUCGUAUAUUUCGCAGCGGCUGUGGAAGUCGAUUAAGAGCUUGCGGAAACUGGGGCCGCAAUUAGGGUUGUCGCAUGAACAUCAGCAGCAGCAGCAACAGCAUCAAGGCGAUAACACAUUGGACGAUGUACCCGCCUCGUCGACAGUGCAUACGACACCACUGGACGGAACACAGAUGACGCAGGAGCUAAUGGAGUGGUUUGAAACGGUGGGUAAUCUGGAUACAUUAAUGGCUAUGGGCAUUCCGGGAACAAACACUGGAGUGGAAGAUGGAUUGGCUAUGCUGGAUUAUGGCGGGGAGCUGUCUAGUGUUAUGAAGGAUUGUUUUUAG